AUGAAGAACGCAGCAUUGUGUGAGGCUCUUCCUCUGCUCGCCACGUGCUCCCACGAAAUCCCACCCACACCACACACGGUCUGUUUCGUCUUCCCCCCCGCAUUAUUACUAUCCCCGAGCAAACUCACACUUUUGAAUUCGCGUCGCGUCGCGUCGCGCUGCGUCAUUAUCAUUGACCCACGCUUGCUGCGUCUCUUCUCUUGCUCCCGGCCACAACAACUCCCCCGGGAUAAAAACCAAUCUUUUGCUAAGCCAUCUUUUUCUUUUUUUUUCUUUCUUCUUACCUCGUUAUUAUCGCCUUUCUAA